AUGUCGACAACAAUUUAUUUCUCAUAUCCAACUUAUUCAAAUGAAAGAGAAUUCACUACCUAUGAUAAUGACAGUGAAGAUGAAGAUUAUGAUUAUGAUCAAACAUAUAUUGAUGGUAAAGAUUAUUCAUUACAAACUAAUCAAUUAAAUAAUAAUUUAAAUAAAUUAAAUUCUGGUCAUACAAGUUGUAAAACUGGUCAAGUAAUUCCAAGAACUGAUAAAGAUUAUAAAGCUGCAAUUGAAUAUAAAAAAGCAAAGAAAUUAGCAAUUAAACAAUUAAAAGAAAAUAAAUUAUCAACUUCACCAACAACUACAACCACUACUACUGCUAUAGAAUCACCAUCAGAGUCUGAAUCAAAUGAUGAAUUAUCAGAUGAAAAUAAUAAUAAAACAAAGAAAUUAACAAAAUUAGAAGUAAAAUCAAUUAUUGAAAAAGAAACUGAUGUAAAGAAAAAAGAAAGAUUACCAUCAAGUAUUGAAGUUUAUAAUAGAAUUUUACAUGAUGAACAAUUAAAAGAUAAAAUUCAAGAUUUUAUCAUUACCUAUGAAGAUCGUUUCGAUGGUUUAUGUGAUGUCGAGUUAUUAAAAUUAGAUGAAGCCAUUCCAUUCCAUAGAAUUAGACAAUUUAGACAUUUAAAUCAAAUUGUAUGGUCACGUUCUGAAAGAUUUUAUGAUUUCUCAAGUUUAUUAGGUUAA